AUGGGGGGCAAAUCCGCUACCAAGGCCGCUUACUUCGAUAAGCUCAAGGGCCUCCUCGACGAAUACAAGACGAUCUUCCUCGUCUCCGUCGACAAUGUCAGCUCUCAGCAGAUGCACGAGAUCCGUCUGGCUCUCCGUGGCGAGGGUGUUGUCCUGAUGGGAAAGAACACCAUGGUGCGCCGUGCUUUGAAAGGCUUCAUCACUGAGAACCCAGAAUACGAACGUCUCCUGCCUCACGUUAAGGGCAACGUUGGUUUCAUCUUCACCAAUGCUGAAUUGAAGGGUAUCCGUGACAAAAUUCUGUCUAACCGUGUUGCUGCUCCCGCUCGUGCUGGUGCCGUCGCCCCUGCCGAUGUCUUCGUCCCUGCCGGAAACACUGGCAUGGAACCCGGUAAAACUUCUUUCUUCCAGGCUCUCGGUAUUCCCACCAAGAUUGCUCGUGGUACCAUUGAAAUUACCUCGGACUUGAAGCUCGUUGAGGCUGGUAGCAAGGUCGGACCCUCCGAGGCUACUCUUCUCAACAUGUUGAACAUCUCCCCGUUCACAUACGGUAUGUCCAUCACUCAGAUCUACGAUGAUGGUCAGACCUUCGGUUCCGAGGUUUUGGACAUUGAGGACGAGCAACUUCUCAAGGCCCUCAAUACCGCUGCCAUCACCAUUGCCUCCAUCUCUUUAGCCGCCAACUACCCAACUGUGCCGUCCGUUGUGCACUCCAUUGUCAAUACCUACAAGAAGGUCUUGGCUAUUGCCAUUGAGACUGAGAUUAGCUGGCCUGAAAUCGAGGAGCUAAAGGACCGUAUCGCAAAUCCUGACGCGUACGCUUCCGCCGCUCCUGCUGCCGCUGCCGCAAGUGGUGGCGAAGCUCCGGCUGCUGCUAAGGAAGAGGAAGAAGAAGAGGAAGAGAGUGACGAGGGUGGAUUCGGUGGUCUGUUCGACUAA